AUGGCUCCUCCCAAGCAACCCGUUCCAUUUGAAGAUGCUGGCGCCAGUACGGAUGCAACAAUGGCCAAUAAGCCCGAUGAGCCGGCAUUCAAAUUGUCGCUUAAUGCGAAUAAGGUUGAGUUCCCAUUCGCUCCGAUCGGUCGUCCAACAUAUGUGAGCCUUCGUCUCCAUAAUCCAACAUCGAAUCGCAUAACAUUCAAAGUCCGUUGUACAUCAGCUGACAUCUUCAGAGUUCAACCACCAGUUGCUUUUGUGAACCCAAAUGGUUUAAUGACAAUUACCAUUUGGAAUGCUAAUACGGAUCAGAAGCAGAAAAUGGAAAAACGUCACUAUUUUGCAUUCUAUCAUAAAACUGCUUUUCCGAGUGCCCGAUUGGCUCCGCCCCUUUGGAAAAAUGGAUUGAAGGAUGCAGAGGGUGUCCGACGCAUUCCGGUGAGCUUCCUUCCGGAUCCUUCUGGAGCAAAACCAUCAGCAUCUCAACCAGCUGCUCCAAGUGCUCCAGCUGCUCCGGCUCCGGCUCCAGGAGCCCCUGCUUCAUAA